AUGGUUCUCCCGAUCAGCAACCCAACAAAGUCCUACUGGAUUGAAGGGGCUGAGUCCCCCCUCCGCAACUUUCGCUCGACCGAGGAGCUGCCCAAGGAAGUCGAUGUGGUAAUUGUUGGCAGUGGUUAUGCCGGUGCGACGACCGCGUACUGGCUUCAAAAGUUCACGGAAAAUGCGCCGCAGAAGCCCAAGAUGCUCAUGCUGGAGGCGCGCGACAUUUGCGGCUCAUCAACAGGCCGCAAUGGCGGGCAGCUGAGGCCUCACGCCUACUCCCGCUACAAGCCGUGGUCCGCCCGUUUUGGCCCCAAGGUUGGAAUGGAGCUCAUCAAGCAUGAGAUGGCGCAUCUCCCCGCAUUCAAAGAGCUCGCAGCUGCAGAGGGCAUUGCUGAGGAGAUCUGCCUAAAGUUCGGCGAGACCUUUGACGCGGCCAUGACGGACGAGGCGUGGGAGCGUCUGAAGGGCAACUACGAGGCCAUGAAGAAGGACCACGGAGAGGACGACGAUGUGGUCAAGGUCUGCAGGCUGAUUAAGAACCCAAAAGCCGCGGAGGAGUUCACACAGAUGAAGUCUUGCGUGGGCGCUGUGGUGCAUCCCGCCGGUCAAGUAUGGCCGUACAAAUUCGUCCACGCCUUGCUCAGAAAAGUUCUUGAGACGGGCAACCUCAACCUCCAAGCACACACACCCGCCGAUAGCGUUUCUGAAAAGGAUGCCGACGGCUGGGUGACUGUCAAGACUCCUAGGGGCGAUGUAAAAGCAAAGGCUGUGGUGCACGCUACCAACAGAUGGGCCUCGCACCUCCUGCCCAAUUUCAGCAAGCUCAUCUUUGAAGACAGAUGCACCAUCGCGUCUUUGAAGGCCCCGGAAGGCUUUAUCAAGCAUACCGGUGCUCAGCACUGGGAUAGCAACGUCAACAACUACCACCUUCAACUCCCGCCACCAUACAACAACAUCAUUAUCGGCGGCGCGAGGCAACUUCUUUGCCACUACCCUGACAAGUGCAUCCUCAAUGACGAGGAGGACCAGCAAUUUGAGGGCGCUCCCGAAUUCUAUGAGACGUGGCCAUCAUCAGACAUUGUUGGUUGGCAGGGUGGAGAAAAGGCAGAAUUUGCCAAGCCUGUUAACGAGGGCGGCUGCUGGUCUGGUGUUGACUCCUCGAGCAUUGACGGAUUCCCCUUUGUCGGAGCUAUCCCCAAACAAGACGGGCAUUUCGUCACGGCGGGAUUCUCUGGCCACGGCAUGCCUAGGAUUCUUGGCUCUACUGCUCAUCUCACCCCCCUCAUUCUCGACGCUUUGGGUGUCAAGUACACCGUCCCAUCGAUAGUCGCGCCCUUCCCUCCCCUGCCGAGUCCCUUCUUUGCCACUGCUGAGCGGAUUGAGAAGUUGGAAAAGGUUGAUGCUGCGCCAAAGUGGGAGGAGGAGAGGAAGAGCAGCUUGGAAAGCGCGAAGAAGCCGUUCUGCAACGACGCUCGCAGCCGCCCGAGACUUCCGCACCCGCUCGACAAUCACCGGUCUACCCCCGACGUCCCCUCGCAGGUUGACAUUGCCGUCAUUGGCGCCGGCUAUGCAGGCGUCUCGACGGUCUACCACAUCCUCAACAUCGCCAAGGCCAAGGGCACCCCGCCCCCGAAUAUUGUGAUUCUCGAGGCGAGAGAGGCGUGCUCCGGGGCCACGGGCCGCAAUGGCGGCCACCUAAAGCCGGACCCCUACAAUCGGCCUUCAACCCUUGCUCUCACGCAUGGCGUUGAGAUCGCUGGCGAGUGCGCCAAUUUUGAGGCGGAUAACCUCGCGGCUGUGAAGAAGGCUAUUGAGGCCGAGGGCAUUGACUGCGACUUUGUGUAUACGCGUGCCGUCGACGCGUUGAUGAGCGAGUCCAUUUGCGAGCGCAUGAGGUCUGGCGUUGAGUUGCUGAGGAAACAUGGCGUCAAGGUGAUGGACGACGUGUACUUUGCCAAGGGGGCGGAGGCAGAGCAACUAUCGGGCGUUAAGGGCGCCAAGGGGUGUCUUUCAUACACGGCCGGCCACCUGUGGCCAUACAAGCUCAUCAUCGGCCUCCUCGAGAAGGAGCUUGCCGCCGGCGUGAACCUACAAACACACACACCCGUGACUGAGGUCACAGAAAAGCCCGAUGCAGACGGCUUUUUCACUCUGACCACGCCGCGGGGAACUGUGCGCGCUAAGAACAUCGUGUACGCGACAAACGGCUACACGUCGUCGAUACUGCCCGAGUUCUCGGAAAAGAUUGUCCCCGUGCGGGGGAUAUGCAGCCACAUCCACCCCGGCAAGACGCCCGCGCCGCUGCUGCCUCACUCGUACAUCAUCCGCUGGUCGGAAAGCGAGUACGAGUACCUCAUCCCGCGGCUGGACGGCAGCAUCGUCGUGGGAGGCGCCAGGGGCGCGUACUACCACGACUUGGAAAAGUGGUAUGGCAAUGUCAGUGAUGAUAAGCUGAUUGAGGAGGCGAAGCAUUACUUUGACGGGUACAUGCAGAAGGUCUUCAAGGGCUGGGAAGACACUGGCGCGUACACGAACAAGGUGUGGACUGGAAUUAUGGGAUACUCCACGGACUCGACACCGCACGUUGGUGUAGUUCCCGGUAGGCAGAACCAGUUCAUGCUGGCCGGGUUCACCGGUCACGGCAUGCCACAGAUUUUCUUGUCUGCGAAGGGCGUUGCGUCGAUGGUGAUGGAGGGUGUAGAAUUUAAGAGCACUGGCAUUCCAAGGCUUUACGAAGCUUUGCAAGCCAGAUUAGACAAUCCGAAGAACAACGUCUUGGAUGGGUGGAAGGCAUCUCAGAAGACUGCACCAAAGCUGUAG